AUUGAGUUAUUCCAAUUCCACUCAUUCUUCUUAUCCAUAUGCAUUACUAUUUUUCCUUGCAACAAUGACAAGUAUCCCAUCCUUUCAAAGUGCUAUAUCAAAACCUUUGCUAUGGAAACUCACAGGCUUUGGGUCAAGCAUAGUAGGGUUUAGCUGUUAUGCCCUCAGCCCCUCUUUCCUAUACUUGGUCAAAGAAUGGAGCCCGAAGAAGAUCGUGGCGUACAGCGUGGUAAGCUCACUUUUAUCAAUCUCCAUGCUCUUCGUUAAAAAAUGGAGCUUGGGACGACACGGGAAGAGUUUGAUGCUGAAAGGACAUGUGGUUUUUGUGGUAUUAGCGCUUACCAAUCUGUGGUCUUUCUGGGAAGACCGUUGCCAACAAGGGAAAGUGGAAAACAGGUUCCGGAAAAUUAUGAACCUCACUUCAAUUGGAGCAUUUGCCUUGAUGGCCUUGAGUUUGUCGCGGCAACUUCGAAUUGGAUUCGAUGCUGGCGUCACCAACUUCUUGGUUGGAUGCUUCAUGGUGACGUUGAUGAAGAUGAACCUUAAGUUAGCUCCACUUGCGGCAUUGUUCUGUUAUUUGCUUGUCAACAACCGUUCCAUUUCUGAUUCCCUGCUUAAAUUGCGUGCACGUGCCGCCACACAACAUGCAGCAGAUGAUCGUGAAGAGGGGCCAAGUUCGAAAGAUAUUGAAUCAGGGGAUUCGAAAGGAGCAGUUAUCAGCCACAGAUCUCGUGAGAUUCUUGAUCCAAAGAAGAAUUGGUGGAAUGAAAUUCGUAGUAUUCUUUCUCCAAAGAAUAUAGCCAAAUCUAAAGAAGUACUUUUUCUAAAGAAGUGUGGAUGUGAAGUCCGGAAAUUUUUUCUUCGGAAGUUCAAAGAUGAUAAGGGUGAGGCAAGAUUCCAAGACCUUGAAUCAAAUUCUGAUGAUGAUGCCUUUGCACAUGAUACAAAUACGGCAAAUUUUCAAGACCAUGAGGCAAAUUCUGAUGUCUCUGAACAUGAAAAAAAUGAGGCAGAUUCUCAAGACCCUAAAGCAAAUUUUAAUGACCUUGCACGUGAUACAAAUGAGGAAGACAUUCAAGCAAAUCCUAAUGUCCUUGCCUGUGGUACAGACGAGCCAAGUUCUCAAGACCCUGAUCAAACAAAUUCUGAUAACUUUGCAUGUGUUACAAAUAAAGCAAAUUCUGGUGUUUGUGAACAUGAGACAGACGUGGCACCUUUGCAACAUGGUGAAGCAUAUUCUAAUGAAAUCUCUGAAGAAGCAGAUAGGCUUAGUUCUAGUGAGAAUGAUAUUCAGAAUAUAGAGAAAUCUAAAGAAGUAGGUGCUUCAAAGAAGAUUCAGAAGUUGCUGACAUCUGGAAAGAAGUUGUUGAAGAAGCUCUCAAAAGAUAAACUUAGUUAAAUGAUGUUAUAUAUUCAUAAGAGACUUUUAGAAUUUAUAAUGAUAUAUUUUAUAAAUAAAAUUUGUUUUGAUUAAACAUAAUUUGUACGAUCAAAUAACAAAUUUACUUUUCUUAACA